CCCGUACAUGUACCUCAUUGAACCCUGUACUCCUCCAAACGGUUCAAUUGUAAUUUACGCAGAGUGUCUAGUUUAAGAGGUCCUAAAGUUCGCGCUGUAUUUUUACAUGCAUGUGCAUAGCGCGUGAGGAUAUAUACAUGUAUGCCGACGAUUGACCGAGUACGGGACGAAUAACGACGAGAGCAUUGACCAAGGCUAGAUGGAGCACGGAAACCGAAUUUGCUGUCCCCCAUUAUACGACGAUAUGUCCUCGUUGUUUGACUCCUGCCUGGAGUGUAUAACAGUGACGAGUGGUACUCAGUCAGUAUCAGCAGUGCAAGCUGUAGGGAGUGUUCAAUAACGGAGUGUCGGUCGUUUAUUAUUAAGGUCUGCAAACUCGUCAUGGGCAACGAAAGGCAACCAAAACCACUGGAAGAUGGCAUUGCGUUCUCGGACAUCACCGCCGAUAAACAGGCAGAUGAUGACAGAGACGAGGCCCGAACCUACUGCGGUUGGUUCUCGUGGCGACCCGACUGCCUGCGUUGCUUCGCCAGCCCCCGUUGGCUUCUGUUCAUAAUCAGCGCCUACUUGUUCUUCCAAGGCAUGGCCGUCAACGGCUUUGUGGACGGGUCUCUCGCCAGUCUGCAGCGCCGGUUCGAGCUGUCCAGCUUCCAGACGGGGCUUUUGCCUGCCAUGUAUGACGUGGUGGCGGCAGUGUUAGGGGUGUUCCUGGCCUACGCCGGCAACAAACGGAACAAGGCGCGCAUGCUGACGGUGGGAACGCUCUGCCUCGGCGUGGGAAACCUGGUCCACGCGCUGCCGCACUUCACAACUGGUUUAUACUCUUACAGCGUGGACAACACCACCAGCACCUGUUCUUUGACCGAGGGCAACAUCCAGACUUCCCCGGCCGAUGAUGAGGCGAGCAUCUCAGCCCUGUCGGGGUAUCUUUGGGUCUUCAUACUCGCUGAGAUCCUGUUCAGUGUUGGCGGAAGCAUGGGGUACACCAUUGGCUUCGCUUUCGUGGAUGAAAGUGUUUCUACCGAGAACGCUGGCAUGUAUCUCGGUAUAUUGUGGGUAUGUUCAACCCUUGGCCCAGCACUGGGCUUGGUCAUAGUGGGGCUGCUGCUGAGCGUAUACACUGACUUCCAUACAGGCACGGGCAGCGUGGGUAUCGGUGCAUCCCAGUGGGUGGGAGCCUGGUGGCUAGGCUUCCUCUUCACCGCCAUUGCGUCUUUCAUCAUCGCAAUUCCGCUGAGCUGCUUUCCGCACGAGUUGCCAGGAACGCAGACGGUGCGGGCCCAACGCGAGUCCCAGGCCCACGCCAAGUCGGACCGGUCGGGCAAGGCCAGUCAGAAGGAGUUCGGUAAAGCCUGGCGGGACUUCCCCUCGGCACUCCGCAUCAUGGUCAGGAAUCCCACCUUCAUGGCCGUGGCUGUCGGCCUGGCCGCUGACAACCUCCUGAUGACUGGAUUUGGGACUUUUCUGCCCAUCUACUUGGAGGAACAGUACGGGUUGAGUUCCGGAAUAGCUAAUAUCAUUGUUGGUGGUCUGAUCUGCACCGCCGGCUGUGGCGCCCUAUUCGUGGGCGGCUGGCUGAUCAAGAGGCUUCGGCUCAAAGUGCUAGGCAUGCUCAAGUUUGUCAUGGGGACUCUUACUGCCAAUGCACUGCUAACCCUGACGCUGUUCCUGACGUGCCCGGAGAUACCACUGGCAGGCGUGUACCAACACUACGCAAACGACAGUGCUGUGUCGGUCGUGCGCCUGGACGACCCGUGCAACGACGGAUGCCACUGCUCGACCACGCCCUUCGCACCAGUCUGCGGCAGCAAUGGCGUCAUGUAUUUCUCGCCGUGUUUCGCUGGAUGUCAAAGCCUAGAAGUCGGGAACGAAACAUACUCAUAUGCCGACUGCACGUGUGUGUCGGUCAACAGCACCUCAGUCGACCCCACGGCCGUUCCCGGUAGGUGUGGUAUUACUUUCUGCACCCAGAUGUACAUAUUUCUAGUCUGUCUGUUCUUCCUAAUAUUCGCAACAUUCUUGGAUAGAGUAGCAUCAGUCAACGUGAUUUUAAGGUGCAUUCCUGGUGGGCAGCAGUCGUUCGGUCUUGGCAUAAACGAACUUAUUGUGCGAGUAUUCGGUUCCCUACCGGGUCCAAUCAUCUUUGGUAGUAUCAUAGACGCCAACUGCACCCUUUGGCACGAAGAGGACGGCCAGAGGGGGCGGUGCUGGUUCCACAACCGCAGCGACCUCGCGCUGUAUGCCAUCAUCUUCUCCCUCGCGAUGAAGCUCACCACGUUGGCUUUCAUGUUCACCGCUCACAAGCUGUACCAACCGCCGAAGAGUGUCGACGAGACCGAGACUGGGACAGAGAACAUGGUGGGAUUGAUUUAAUAUCGGCAUCAAAACGAGAUAUUCACAGCAUAGGGCGCCACCAAGAGUUUACCUCCAAAAACUAGAGCGAUAUUUUCUUUUGACUGGUUAGGCCAAAAAAAAGUACUCGGUCUCUGGUCAGCGCGCGCGUCGAUUUUAAUCAUGCGCGUCAACCUUUUUCCUUCAAAUUAACACGGAAGCGCCCUCUAUUGCCGCACCUCCUCAAAUUUUUGAACCAAGGAGCACCAAGGAAUGGAAAAGUUGCACCAAGGCAAAUGAUAAAGGGCACCAAGGCAAAUUAUGGAGGACACCAAUGUAAAAUGAGGACACAAACAAGCAAUAUAGUACCAACCUUGUCUGUACAAUUCAAGCUUGAAAAAAAAAAAAAAAA